GAUUGGCCGGAACGCGGGCGCGCGAGGGGAGGAAAGCGGCCGUUGCUGAUUGGGGGUUGGCGCCGCGCGGGCGAGGGUGUGUCCCAGGGCGCGAGGCGCGGGUUCGGCGGCCGCGGCAGGAGCGGCGGCAGCAGCGGCGGCGGCGGGAGAGCCAGCGGCGGCGGCACCGGCACCAACGGGCGGGCGGCGGCGGCACCGGGGAUGCUGAGCGAAGCGGAGAGCGGCGGCGGCGGCUGCGCUGCCGCCGUCACAGGCACCGGGGAGAGCCCCGCGGGGGAACCCGCGGCGGGGGUGGCCAAACCCGCCCAGCCCGCGGUACCCGCGGCUGGCGUGGCGGCUCGGAGCCAGGCGGCCAAGCGCGUCCUAGCCACUCAAGUGCAGGGCACAGUGAAAUGGUUCAACGUCCGUAAUGGCUAUGGAUUUAUAAACAGGAAUGAUACCAAGGAGGAUGUUUUUGUGCACCAGACAGCAAUCAAGAGAAACAACCCCCGUAAAUUCCUCCGCAGUGUUGGAGAUGGGGAAACGGUGGAGUUUGAUGUUGUGGAAGGAGAGAAGGGUGCUGAGGCCGCCAACGUAACUGGCCCUGGCGGCGUUCCUGUGAAAGGCAGCCGCUAUGCUCCCAACCGCCGCCGCUUUCGCAGGUUUAUUCCCAGGCCCCGGCAGGCCCCACAGCCACAGGAUGUCACCCGGACAGAAGGGGCAGCAGAGACGGUCAGCGAGGGGGAGAGAGCAGACGAUGGCAUACAGCAGCGUCCUCGAAGGAGGCGUCCCCCACCCUUUUUCUUCCGCCGGAGAUUUGUGCGGGGGCCUCGGGCUCAGCCCCAGCAGCAGGCCCUGCCAGCAGAAGGCAAUGAAAGCACAGAACCCAAAGAUGCCACCCAGCCUGAGGGAGACCAGCAACAGCAGAUCCAGGCUGGUGAGAGAGCUCCAGCCCCUCGCUUCCGUCCCAGAUAUCGCAGACCUUUCCGCCCCCGCCCACCACAGCAGCCCACCACUGAGGGAGGAGAUGGCGAGACAAAAGCGGCGCAAGCCCCAGCAGAUGGCAUCCGUCCUGAGCCCCAGCGCCAGCGCAAUCGACCUUAUUUCCAGCGCAGACGCCAGCAAACAGCUGCAGCCCGACAGGCUGCAGCAGAGGCUACCACAACUACCAAAGAGCAGCCUGCUCCAAGCUCUGCUGCUGCUGGCGGAGACACCCCUGCCACCAGCACUCCUGUUAUGGCUCAGGAAGCAGUGGUGGAAGCUAGCAAGCCUGCUUCCCCAGCCCAGGAGAGUCCCUCCCAGCCGCUGCCGGAAAUCCAGCAACAGCUUGUGGACACUUCAACACCUGAGCCUGGGGGAGAGCUUGCCCCAGCCCUACUGGCAUAAUGAAUCUGCACACGGUGAGGGGAUGCCAAGAGCUGUGAUCUGGUGUCCACAAUGUGCCUGAAACCCAAGUUACCUCAUCCUGCACUUGAAGAGACCCCAAACUUCACCAGUACCCCCUUUGCUGCUGUUGAAGCCCUGAAUGUAAAAAAAUAAAAAAAAAAAUAACCUGAGGGGGGAACUUGACCAAAAAGAAAACUCACUUUGCUUUAAAAACCUUCUGAGGGGUUUAUCUUCCCCCUUCCACAGCUUUGCCAGUUUGAGAAGAAGUAACUGGCUUUUGAAUCUUCAGUUAAAUUUUUUCUCCCCCCAUUGUUGAAGAACACCCUGUGUGAACCAUUGUGUGCAGUUUGGGCGUCAGUAAAAAAAAAAAAAAUUUGCACAGA